UAAAACCCCCAACUUAACUAACUCACCGGAAGUGGAACUCACAUCUUUCUCAGUCCGCUAAAACCCUCCCGGCGGCAGCAGAAGACAAGACGAAGGAGAAACAAAAUGGUGAACAAAUCAUGGAAGAUAAUACCAAGACCAUUACUCGAAACAAUCUUAAACAACCACGCCCAGCACCACCGCGUCCCUCAGCCUCUCAUUCUCCACGGCCCCCGUGGCGUCGGCAAAACCACCCUCUUCCUCGAACGUCUCCUUAAAGAUUGGAACAAAGGCCCUCACAUAACUGGCUAUGUAGACUUUGCGCAGUCAAUCAAAGACCAUCACCCUCAGCAUAACAACUCCUACCCUUGGGCUUCUUGGUCUAGUUGUGAUCCACCAACACUCUCCAAUUGCAAAACCCAGCUCGAAACUUGCCUUGAAUCGAUGACCCAGAAGGGAAUCCAACUCGGAGCCAUUACUUCCAGCCAAAUAUUCUCUACUCUCAACAAAUGGCAUCGCCUUGACACUGUCCUUCGUCGUAUACUACUCCAAAACAAUUCCAAUAUUGCUUUGAAAUCGAGAAAUGCUAUUUCUAAGGUUUCAAGUUCGGUUCUUUGGGACCGGGCAGUUUUUGCGCUAUCUGCUCGAUCAAAUGCCAAAGAGAUUGACGAGAUUCUUGGGUUGGAAGAGAAAGGGAAGAGCUUGUCUGUGGAGGAGGCUUCGUAUUUUAGAGAGGCGUUUGUGGCUUUGAGGUUGGCUAAGGAGGUUAUUACAAUGCAGCAAGGGUGGAGAGCCAGUGCCAUUGCUCAUUUGAACAGGACUGGUGGGUUUUCGAGGUCGUUGGCCAAUUCUUGUACUGAUUGGCCUUGUUUGCUGCUCGAGUUGCUAUCAAAAGCUGCUGAGAUUGAUUACUUUCAGCCGAAGCUGGUUAUAAACAAUAUUGAAGUUCUCAAAAAGGCUAUUUUAGUGGAUGAUUCAAUGGUUUCUGGACCAAUGUAUCAUGACAGUCUGAUAUGGAGAAUUGUUGCAUUGGGUGCAAAUGAGAGAUGCCUGCCCAUUAUGCUUGCGACAUCUGAUAGCUACUACUCAUACCAGGCCUACUGGGAUUUUGGAUUUCCAGAUAUAUUCAUUUCCCGUGAGAACUUUGGAUGGGCUCCACAAGAAGCUAAAAUGCAUAUGGUUAAUGAUUACUUCAGUCAGUCAGAAUGGACGGUGAUUAUUGAGGUGCUUGGUCCAAACCCUCGACAUCUGUUUGAGCUUUAUGCUCUCAAACAAAGUAGCUAUUAUCAGAAGGUCCUUGAAGACAAGGCUAGCACAUUUGAGGAUAUUGUAGACGCAUAUUUAGCAUAUUUGCAGGUUACUGUGGUGAAUCCUGCCAUGGAUAAAGCACUGGAAUUCCUGCAAAAGUUUGCCAAUGAUGCAAAAAGUGGAAAAAUUCCAAAAGAUAGAUUACGUUUUGGUUCUCCUUGGAAGCAUCCUUCAAAACUGGACGACCCUACUCAAUGUCAGCAGUGGGCAAAGCUUCAGCUGCUGGAUUUUGUUCAAUCUCUAAUAAAUACUGAAUUUGGGGUAAAUUACCUAGGUGAUUGUAGCUUUGAGAUAUUUGAUGAUCCAUGCACUGUUGCUUUAUUAGAGGUUGGUUUGCUCUAUGCUCAACGCGAUCCAUCAUUCAUUCGCCCCAUAUCUAUAGGUAUUCAGAGAUGUCUUGUGAGAUGGCUUGUCCAGGAACGGAUGAAAAUGAGUUUACAGAACCUGCUCCAAUUUCUGUGGCAGCGAAUUAUACGUGGUCGUAGUUAUCGUCAUUUGAUGUUACAAGUGGGCUACAAAUAACCAAAAAGGUCAAGAGAGAUCCUUGUUUGCAACAAUUUCUGUGAAUAUGAGUUUGCUAGAGGCUGUUACCUUGAUUACAAUACCAAGGUGGUUGACAUCCACUCACAAAGCCAUCUCAAGUUCAAAUAAUUCUUUGCAUGAACAGAUAUAUCACGUGGUUAACCUUGCAGGGUUCUUUUGGCAAAGGCAUCCUUUGAGGUUGAGUUUCCCUUUGAUUUUCACUCAUAGAUUAAGUUAUUUUUUGAACCCGAUGGCUUAUAAUUGCAAAUGUGCAUGCAAGGGUCGAAAGCCUUGAUUGUUUAACCCCUAUUAAAGGUUUGAUCUUUUAAGGAUUUCUUUGCACAUUAAUGCAAAAUUAGUAUAUGCAAGAGAUAUCAUCCAAAAAAGCUGGUUAUAUUGUAUAAUUGCAUUAUAUUCGGCUCAUACAAGCCCUUUAAAGAUUUCUUCAACACUCUUUCACGAUCC